AAACCAGCUGCUCAUAUCGAGGCUGAGCUGGUCGCCAAGACGGUGCUCUACCCACCCGACGGCACAGGUACGUCAUUUGCUGCUUUACCAGAUCACAGAAGGCUACUGCCUCCGUUUAAUUUUCUAUUUUGUCUAGCGAGAAAUUUGGAAGGAUAGUGUAUCCUCAAAAGGUUACGAUGAUUUAUAACACAGACCACAGAAAAAAAAGUACAAGUAAGUUCAUUUCUUCGAGUUUCUUCAAAAGAUGAUUGUAAGAGGAUUUGUAGUCACCAAGGCUGGGUUUUUCAAAGCAGGAUUAAGUUAUCUACUUGCAAAAAAAUGAAAACUAUGAAAUUUCUAAAAUCCUACCAAAUAAAGUACAAGUAGUAACUCAAGCGAUGGGGAAAGAUGAUGGGGGAGCGCACUAAUCACCCUGUCGGGUAGGGUAGGAUGCAGUAGGGGUAAUGGCUAGGGUUACAUAUUAAAGUAAAUUUCUGAAAAUUUGUCUCGCAUGAUCAUGCCGAUUUCCAAAACAAUUAAUGUUAAUACUUUGCUUCGUAGUGAUCGCGGACUUUUCGCUCAGUGCUCCGUACAGCUAUCUUGCAGGCGGUAUGAGGUACCAAGACGGCAAACUGACGGUGCCUACCAACGGACGCUAUUACAUCUACGCCCAAAUUUACUACAUGAACAAAGGAAGAGUCUUUGUUAAUGUAAACAGAAAAGCCGUUACCAUGAUGCAGCCGCCAAUAACUGCAAAUGACCAUGGUACCUUGAACACUGGUGGGGUGUUCAACCUGAAGGCUGGUGACGAAAUCACCUUGACUAGCGCUACUUAUCCAGAAAUAAGAGGCGCCAAGAUAUACAUGGCUUCCUACCACAGUUACUUUGGCGCAAUUCUGAUGUAA